GCACACUGAGGCGAACCAACCGCCGUGGAUGGGUGGGAUCAGCCCGAGCAGCCCGACAUCCACGUAGCUAGCUACCAACGUUAGCUGUAAAGCUAACGUCAGCCAGCGUUACAAUGGACUUGCCACAUCAUGGGUACCGAGCAACUAAGCAGAGAGGACGUACAGCUGCCCCGACAGACUCAGUCCUGUUUGAUGACACCAGCUCAGCAGCACCAGCAAUGAACAACCAGGCGUAUUACACUCCUGGUUACAAUAUGGGAGGAACCUCAAAUGACAUGCAAGGAGGUCCUGGGGCGAACAACCUGUUUACUGACCCAAUGGCUAAUGCUGCAAUGAUGUACGGCUCCUCCUUAGCCAAUCAAGGGAAGGAUAUGGUAAACAAAGAGAUCAGCAGAUUUAUGUCUGUGAACAAGCUGAAGUAUUUCUUUGCAGUCGACACCAGAUACGUACUGAAGAAACUUAUGAUCCUCAUGUUCCCUUAUACGCAUCAGGACUGGGAAGUCCGUUACCAUCGAGACACACCACUCACUCCAAGACAGGAUGUGAAUGCACCAGAUCUUUACAUACCAACAAUGGCUUUCAUUACCUACAUUUUACUUGCUGGAAUGGCCCUUGGCAUUCAGAAAAGGUUCAGUCCAGAGGUUCUUGGACUGUGUGCCAGCACUGCCCUCGUGUGGAUCAUCAUCGAGGUCUUGGUGAUGUUGUUGAGUUUGUACCUGCUGACAGUACACAGCGACCUCUCAACCUUCGAUCUCAUCGCCUACAGUGGAUACAAAUAUGUUGGGAUGAUCUUCACAGUGUUGUGUGGCUUACUCUUCGGCAGCGAUGGCUAUUUUGUGGCUCUUGCUUGGUCCUCUUGUGCUCUUAUGUUCUUCAUUGUUCGUUCUCUGAAAAUGAAGAUCCUUCCUUCUCUCUCGUCGGACUCUAUGGGAAUGGGAUCAAGUGCCAAGCCUCAGCUCCGCCUUUAUAUCACUGUGGCAACAGCCGUCUUUCAGCCAAUCAUUAUAUACUGGUUAACAUCUCACUUGGUCAGGUGACUGUGAGGUAUUUAAUAACCUCAAGUCCAAGUGUACUGGACCUGCAAAAUCUGGUUGUUGAGUGUUUGUACACCUGCCUUUCUACGCUCUUUUGUCAGUAAACUCAAAACAUUUGUAGACAUUGUUGAGCUGCCGCGUGUGUUGAGCUUGUUGGACACAUUUGUAAUGAAAUGGCCUCAUUGGUUUAACCAGAAAGUGUGACACAGAUAAUGUCUUGUUGUCCACCGUGAUUGUACAGUGACACUGAGAAAUGCUUAUUUUUGGCCACCUAACUUUGAACAUAAGGGUUUUCAAUGAAAAAAAAUGUUUAACCAGAACUGAUUGGGUUCAAGAUUCCUUUUAUAUAAUGUCUUUGGACAUGCUUUCCAGUAUUUACACCUCAUGGUACACACCACACAGACAGAAAUUCACAUUACACACAAGAUUCGAGUACCUUUUUUUCUGUUUGUUUUUUUUAUGGUAAUGUUGCUGCAUUAUCUCCCUUUCUCUUGUGAAUCCUCGAUUUUAUUUAUCUACAUUUGACAAAGCAUGACAAUGUUUGGAUUUUUGUAGAAAAAAAUAAAUAUAUUUAGCUUUGUGUAUUCAAUUUGAA